UCGUCCUCGAAUCGCCAGCAGCAAAAACGGCAGGUGCCACUGAGCCGGUGGACAUUUCUCUUUUUGCUCCUGUUUGAAGUGGACGAGAAGACCCGAAGAAUGGCUCUCAGAGCGUUUCAUACCAGUGCGGACGAGAACGUGUCCCACAUACCGCGCGGCAAGGCUGCUCUGACCAGGAUGGACAUCAAACCGCGGACAGCUCUAGGGACCAUCGGAGGAAACAGUCUCCGCGACAGACACGCACCUUCCGGAAAAGGUGGUGUUACAAAGACAGCAUUUGCAGUCCCAGCCCAGAUCACGAGGGUCAAGACCGAUGCUUUCACUACGCGGCCACCCUCCCAGCUCACCACCAGUACAACCACAUCUGCCCUCCCUACUCACAACAGACAGCCCACUCCUGCCCACAAACCCACCCCUCCCCAGCAGGAAGAUGAGUUCCCGGAGCCAGAGGUCAUGGACAUGGAUGUAGGGCAGAUUGCCUUGGCCCUCAGUAAUAAGCUGGUGAUUGAGGAUAUUGACGAGAGUGACAGGGACAACCCCCAGCUGUGUGCCGAGUAUGUCAAGGAGAUCUAUGCCUACAUGAGAGAGCUGGAGAUCAAGUACCAGGUGGACCCAGCCUACCUGUCCACACAGUCUCAGAUCAACUCCAAGAUGAGGGCCAUCCUCAUCGACUGGCUCAUCCAGGUCCACCUCAGGUUCACCCUACUGCAGGAGACCCUCUACCUCACAGUCUCAAUAAUCGACAGAUACCUACAGGUGGAGCCAUGUGACAAGUCGGAUUUGCAGCUGGUGGGAGUGACGGCCAUGCUCAUUGCCAGCAAGUACGAGGAGAUGUACGCACCACAGGUGGACGACUUUGUCUUCAUAACGGACCGGACCUACAGCAGUGACCGCAUCCGCAGCAUGGAGAGACACAUGCUCAAUGCCCUGGACUACAGUUUCGGGAACCCUCUCUGUCUCCAUUUCCUCCGGCGCUACUCCAGAGCUGGAAAUGCUGGUCCCGAGAUGCACACGAUGGCAAAGUUCCUCCUGGAGCUGUCCCUCACUGACUACCACUGUCUGAGGUUCCUGCCCUCCCAGCUGGCUGCCACUGCCCUCUACAUCUCGUGCAAGAUCUGCAGCGACGGAGAAUGGACCCCCACUCUGCACCACUACAGCACGUACUCAGAGUCUCAGCUGUUGCCGUGUGCAGGGAGACUGACCUGGCUCGUAUCCCACAUGGCCACCUCAAAACAGCAGGCCGUCAGAAAGAAGUACUCGUCCAGCAAGUUCCUCAAAGUGGCCACCAACUCUGGACUCCACAGCAGGCCCAUUCGAGAGCUGGCCGCAGCAGAUUCAACCUCAUAGAGAGCACCUGGUUCUCUCGCCCCCUGCCAUGCACCCUCUACUGAGAAUUAGCAUCAAACUUUUCACAUUGCACCAUUUUGUAUUCUCUGCCCUAUUUUAUUUUUGGUCUGAUGUUCAUAAUCAAAGAAUCGUGG